AUGGCAUGCGGGAGGGAAGGCUAUCUCCUCAAAAGAGGGCCAGCGCUGCAGAACAUUUGGUCUUCCAAGUGGUGCGUCCUGGAUGAAAGCGGUUUUCGCUACUUCGCAAAUCGUGAGUCUAAGCGGCCCGAGGGCGAGUUGCCCGUCGGCCCAGGCUCAAAGGUUACAGCCUUCACAAGCCCCAAGGCCGCAGGUGAGGCAUUGAAGCUCCAGAAGGAGCGACCCUGCGGCUUCACCUUGGACUUGUCCUCUGCGGCUGCGAGAUAUCAUCAUAUCUGCUACUUCGAUGCAGAAAAGGAGGGGGAGCUGAAGCUCUGGCUGGAAGUACUCCAAGGCUGGAUAGAAGCGGCCGCAUGGCAAGUGGGGGACGUGGUCAGCGUGACCGAGUCCUGCAUGUCCGAUUCAGAGGUUCAAGUCGAACUGGCAGCUGGGAUGAAUGGCAUCCUCCUCAAGGUCGAUGAUCAGGAUGACGCCUUCCUCGAGUUCUCUGCGCACGACGCGAGGCAGUGGGUCUUCAAAAAGAAUCGACACAAGCUGAAGCGGCUGCCAGACUCCGAGGCCAAAGACGUAUAUUUGGACAUCGUGCCCCAGAAUGAUCUUAUCAUGCACUGGGCAUUGCGAAUUGUGGGCCAGAAGAUCUCCCGUU